UGGUGCGCGACUCUCAUGCUUUCUGCUUUCUGUCAGAGAUAUACCUCCAACGAGAGAGUCUACUAUACUUCUAAAGUCCUUACUAGUUCUGCCUAGUUGAAGAAGAUACCAGGAACGCUGGAGCGAAAAAUUCUUUCGAGCCAACAUCGAUUCACGUGAAAGUACGUUUUUCUUCUGUACCAGCUUGUAACUUCUUAGCGUGGUUCACCACCAACUACUACUACAUAUUGAUACUUACAUUUAUUCUACUACUUGUUCUUCUUUUUGUCGUUGCUUGUCGCACUAAAUUGCUGUGAAGACGGACGAUCACAAAAAUACCGGGUUCAAAAGAUUCGACGUUGCAACGCGAAGCGUCCAAUACAUUACCACCUGCUAGGGACGCAAAGAGACCUUCUCCCUGCGACGACGAUAUGACAAUGUCGACCGGUGGCCAGCGAAAGCCUAUCAUUGGGGGCAACUGGAAGAGCAACCCAGCAACGGUCAAGGCCAUUGGAGAGCUGCUUGACAGCUUCAACUCAGCAGGCUUCGACGCAGAGAAGGUCGAUGUUGUUCUCGCUGCCACAGCUCUACACAUCCCUCUUGUCAAAGAAAAACUCGACGCGAAAUUCAAGGUAUAAGAAUUGGCCUUAGUCUCGCUGUAAUCCUCUUAAAAUCGAUAUCAUGCUUCUAUAGUUUCACACGAUUGUCGUUGCUUACUUGCGUAGGGUGACCGUAUGACUAAUUGUGACGAUGAAUUGUCAAUUUUGAUUUAGUGUUUACUUCUGGAUUCUCUGAGUUUCUAUCAGGUUGCAGCCCAGAACUGCAGCAAGGAAAAAGAGGGUGCGUUUACUGGUGAAAUUACUUGUGGUAUGAUUGCGGACUGUGGGCUGGAAUGGACCCUAGUCGGACACUCAGAACGACGACACAAAUACGGCGAGACUGAUGCCGACAUGGCCCUCAAGGUUGAGAAGGCUCUUGCCGCUGGUCUUAACGUGAUCAUGUGCAUUGGCGAACUUCUUGAGGAACGACAAGCAGAAAAAACAACGGACGUAGUGAUACUCUGUAGGCCGAAUAUCGAAGAAGAAGAACUCGUAGAUGAACUAGAAUUGUUAAUUGUCACCGGGUCGUGAAUUCGGCUUUCAUAACAGCGGGAGCAAGAACAAUGUUGUUAAUGGAUAUUUGGCACCCCAUAGCAAUAUGAAUAUUAUGAGAAAGAGAAAAUGGCCACCUCAAUAAACUUAGGUCUGUAAAACGCAGCUCUUGGCCAUUGCACCGAAAGUCAGUGACUGGUCUAAGGUUGUUAUCGCCUACGAACCUGUCUGGGCUAUCGGAACUGGUGUGGUUGCCACCCCGCAGCAGGCCCAGGACGCGCAUAAAGCAUGCAGGGAGGUAUGGCUAAUAGAUAGGAUGAAAGUGCUGAGUACAACAGUGUCGUCACAGCGAUAGGCUGUUCUUUUACCAGAGUAUUGUGUAGAUCACCGAACAACGAACUGUCGUACGCGUAGGCGAGGAGCAGAUGAAACGCCUGAACAUCCUGACCAUCAACAGAUUCUCGCGAGUGCGGUAUCCGCAGAGGUAGCUGCGUCAGUGCGAAUUCAGUAUGGCGGAAGCGUCACGCCAGACAAUUGCGCGGAGUUGAUGUCCUGCCCCGAUGUCGACGGCUUCCUAGUCGGCGGCGCUUCAUUGAAGCCGACCUUCAUGGACAUUGUUAAGACGGUCGAGAAAGGAGUGUAAACGUAAUCCUACUCAAUCAAUUUGACGUCCACCACGCCGUACAAAAGAUACAGACGAGAUUUGUCUGCUCAUCGAGUGACACUGAAAUCGGCCUUCGCCUUAGUUUUGUAACUGAGACAAGCAUGAUGGCUACGCCCGCCGGUCGUGCGAUCGGCUUCAUUUUCCUGGCAAUAUUGAUCUUUUUCUAGGUGUGAUGAACUCCAGUUCUCGUAUAAGUAGCGCUAGCUUUGUUCAUAGAAAUUUUUAUCCGGCGGCAACUUCAAGUCUUGAUUAGGUUAGAAAAGUUAGAUUUAGAAACCAGUAGAUACCUGCUGCCUUGAGGAUGGGUCAGCAUUUACGAUAUACAGAGCCACUUCAUGUAGUUUAUCUGAAGCAAGACUGGCAAGAACAAGGCACUCGAGCUUUGACAGUACAAAUCCAUUUUAUGUGUUCGUGUUUGCAAGAGGAACGUUGGCUACACAAAGACCUCGACCAUGGCUUCACGUGUUAUUCUGUCAUCGGUUGAGAUCAUUAAAAGUGUUCACGAUCGUGACCGUG